AUGUUUUCAUGGUUCCAGAGUAAGAAGACUGAGCCAGAGGUCCAUGUUGACUAUGGGAAGCUUGUCAGAGAGAAACAUGAACAGUUUCGUCAAAGAAGAAGAACCCAAAUGAUGUAUUUCUUUGGUGCUACUGCUGCUACAUUAGUUUUUUCAAGAUUAGCUUAUAGAGGUGUUCAAGCUCAUGUUCCUGGAUUGUUCAACUCCAAUCAUGUCCCACCUCCAUUUUCAUUCCAACAAGAUGCCAUAUCGGCCAUUGCAUUAUCAACAGUUCUUUCAGUAUCUUCAUUCUCAAUGGGUGUCACAGGUGUUGCAUGGACAUGGGAUGUCUCUAAUGUGAAAGAAUUCACUUAUAAAUUAAAACAAAAAUUAGGAGGUGUUGAAAGUGAAAAGCAAAUAAGUGAAACCAAAUUAGAUGAUGAAUCUGUCACUUUACAAGAUGCUAUCAAUGCUUUUAUAAAUGGUGAAGGAUUCGAAGAUGAUCCAGUGGAAACAGCUCCAUUGAAACAAUAA